AUGGCGAUCCUUGACAAACUUCAUUUUGAUCGUGAGACUACCAACGAUACAAACACAGUAUCGAUGGUCGAGCAACCAACUAUUCGGACAAUGGCUGAUGCCAUUGCACCUUCCAACGAUGAUAUUGAAACGGGCUUUCCUGGGGAUCUCAAGCAGAACGAUGCUGUGCCAGAUCCAGAUGCACAACUGGGUGUUCGAAAAAUGGAGGCAGCGGCCUUGGCGUGGUCUAAAAAAUCGUUGGCUGCUCUGUUGUGUCUCUUGGUGCCUUUUGUCACGAGCAGCUUCCAAUCGCAUUCCCUACUGACUGUCAUCAACGUUGUGGCGGACGCAAUGACGGCCGCUAUCUAUAUUCCGAUGGCCAAAAUGUUGGAUGUAUGGGGUCGUGCUGAGGGCUUCCUCCUUAUGGUUUGCUUUUCCACUUUGGGACUAAUUCUCAUGGCUGCAUCCCACGAUCUUGCUACCUUCUGCGCAGCGCAGGUGUUCUACUCUGUUGGUUUCUCAGGUCUCAUCUAUACAAUUGUCGUACUUGCCGCCGAUGCGACGAACUUGAGAAAUCGAGGUUUGGCUUUCGCAUUUACAUCAUCCCCAUAUAUGAUCACGGCAUUUGCUGGAUCGAAAGCAGCCGAGGGCUUCCUGCUCAACGUCAGCUGGCGGUGGGGCUUCGGAGCCUUUGCGAUUAUUCUGCCCUUCGUGACAGUACCUCUGUACUUGGUGUUGAAGUCUGCUGAAAGCAAGGCCAAAAAACAAGGUAUAUUGUACUCGGAAAGCAGUGGUAGAAGUAUAGGACAGAGAAUAUGGCAUGUCAUUGUGCAAUUUGACUUGCCAGGAGUCAUGCUUUUUGCCGGUGGUUUUACUGUGUUUUUACUGCCGUUCACUCUUGCUAGAUCUGCUCCAAAUGGCUGGAAGACAGACUAUAUCAUUGCCAUGAUCGUCGUGGGUUUCGUUGUUCUUGUUCUCUUCGCAAUAUACCAGGUCUAUAUUGCACCUGCGCCUUUCCUCAAGAACAAAUUCCUCACCAACCGGACUGUUGUUGGAGCUUGUCUUAUUGAUGCGACGUACCAAAUGUCUUAUUACUGCUGGAAUAGCUACUUCACGUCUUUCCUUCAAGUCGUCAACAACCUAUCUGUUUCGGAGGCUGGAUAUGUUAACAGCACUUUUCAAGUAGUGUCAGGUGUACUCCUCUUCAUUGUCGGCUACCUUAUCCGUAGAACGGGCCGCUUCAAGUGGCUCUUUUAUAUCGCCGUUCCGCUUUACAUUUUUGCGCAGGGCCUAAUGAUCUACUUCCGCCGCCCUAACCAGAACAUCGGAUAUAUUGUCAUGUGCGAAAUUUUUAUCUCUAUCGCUGGCAGCAUAUUCAUACUCUGCGUACAGUUGGCGGUCCUCGCUGCAGUUGACCAUCAAUAUGUCGCUGCAGUACUAGCGGUACUGUUUGUGUCUGGCACAAUCGGCGGUGCUGUCGGUAAUGCUAUUUCGGGUGCCAUCUGGACGAACACUUUUGAGUCCGCUCUCGAGCGCUUUCUACCUGCAGAUGCCUUACCGGAACUAGCGACCAUUUAUGCAAGCCUUCCUGUACAGCUCUCCUACCCAGUCGGCAGCCCCGUGCGACUGGCGAUUCAGGAAGCUUACGGCUAUGCGCAAACUAGGAUGCUUGCUGCGGGAACUGGAAUCAUGGUAUUAUGCUUCGUGUGGAUCCUCUUGCUACAGAAUUUCAAUGUAUCCAAGAUGUCACAGACCAAGGGUGUCGUGUUUUAG